UGUAAUCAAUCCAGAGACAAAAAGGGGGUGAUCUCAAAUGAAAAUACAAACUAUCAAUGAAUAUGGCUAUAGCUAGAAAGGACCAUGGAACCAUUAAUUUUUCUGCUGUGUGCACCUAUGAUGGUCUGAGCCUGCCAGAACACCCAGCUCAGCGGGAGCAGUGAUGCUUCCUGACCAUCCUAUUUUGCUCUCACCAGUGUCUGUGUAGGGUAGCUCCAUAAUGGCUGUGAAUGAGGCCCUGGUGUGUGUGAGGAACAUUCUGCUGCUACUCUGGCUGGGGGUGAUUCUGUUCUCAUAUGGAUGGUUCCAGGUUGUGCACUCCCAACGCUUUGGUCCCCCAGAAGUGGUGAUUCCCUUGAAGGUAACAAGCACUGGCAUUGGCAUGAAGACUAAAGAUUGGCUCUCUUACAGAAUGCUUUUUGGAGGUCAGAAUCAAGUCAUACACAUGAAGGUCAACAAGCAUUUUCUAUCCAGACACUUCCAAGUGUUUACCUACUCAGACCAAGGCGCUCUCCUUGAGGAACGACCUUUUCUCCAGAAUGACUGCUACUAUCAUGGUUAUGUGGAGGGGGACACAGAAUCGCUGGUUGCUAUCAGUACCUGUUUGGGUGGGUUGCAAGGAAUAUUACAGACAAAUGACAUUGUUUAUGAAAUAGAGCCCAAGAGACUUUCUACCACAUUUGAACAUUUCAUAUAUAAAGUGGACAGCGAGGAGACACAGUUGCCACCCAUGAGAUGUGGAGUAACAGAUGAUGAAAUAGCAUGGCAACUGAAGGAUCAGGAGAGUGCUAACUUUACUUUGAUGCAGAGUGGGUAUGAAGGCUGGUGGACACACAACCGGAUUCUUGAACUGGCAGUGGUAGUGGACUAUAAUCGCUAUCUUCAUCACCAAAGUAACACCACAGCUGUGCAGUAUGAAGUAUUACUUGUGGUCAAUGGAGUAAAUAAGUUUUUGCGUUCACUAGAUGUUGAUGUGGUUUUAAUGGGAAUUGAGGUCUGGACUAAAAACAACCCAAUUCCAAUAGAUACCAUAGAGGGUCUCCUGGGGCGGUUUUGCAAAUGGAAGAAAACUAGCUUGAAUUACCGCAUUCCCCAUGAUGUUGCACAUGUUUUCGUAAAGCGUCACUAUGGUAUUACUGUUGGCCUAGCCUAUUUAAAAAGUGUAUGUAAAAGCUAUGCUAAUUGUGGAGUUGAUAGUUUCAUGAACGAUAAUCUGUAUGAUUUUGCAUACAUUGUGUCACAUGAGAUUGGUCAUAAUUUGGGUAUGGGACAUGAUGAUGACAAAACUUGUACAUGUGGACAUAAAAAGUGCAUAAUGGCUCCAGAAGAAGCAAGUGCAACUAGAUUCAGCAAUUGCAGCUAUGCUAACUUCAUGAACCUGAUGGGCACCAUCAAGACAAAGCAAAAUUGUAUGUACAUGUCAUCAGAUACAGGGAACAUCUUCACACUUGCACAGUGUGGGAACAGUGUGGUUGAAGAAGGAGAAGAGUGUGACUGUGGCGCUUUACAUUUGUGUAUAGAUGAUCCCUGCUGUGAGUCAGACUGCACUCUCAGCUCUGGGGCUGCUUGUGCUUUCGGGGGUUGUUGCAAAGACUGCCAGAUCCUGCCAACAGGCGAAGUUUGUAGACAAGAGGAAAACGAAUGUGAUCUCCCAGAGUGGUGCAAUGGGACAUCCUACCAUUGUCCAGAGGAUGUGUACUUGCAGAAUGGGAUCCCAUGCAAGGGUGGUGGCUACUGCUAUGAAAAGAGAUGCAAUAACCGUGAAGAGCAGUGUAGGAACAUUUUUGGCAAAGAGGCCAAGAGUGCAAAUCAGAGUUGCUACACAGAAAUGAACACCCGAGGUGACCGUUUUGGGAACUGUGGUCUAAUGAAGGCUAGAUACGUGCAAUGUAACAUCUCAGAUACCUUGUGCGGGAGGAUUCAGUGUGAAAAUGUGACAGAACUUCCCCAUCUGAGAGAUCAUUCUACUGUGCAUUGGACUCACAUCAAUGAUGUCACCUGCUGGGGUACCGACUACCACUUCGGGAUGACCAUACCUGACAUUGGUGAUGUGAAAGAUGGGACAGAGUGUGGGGGAGAACAUGUCUGCAUCCAAAGGAAGUGUGUCCAUAGGUCAUAUCUGAUAAGUGGUUGUGCACCUAAGACCUGCAAUAUGAAAGGAGUCUGCAACAAUAGACAGCACUGCCAUUGCAACCCAGAGUGGGACCCUCCCUUCUGCCUGAAAAAAGGCAGUGGAGGUAGUAUAGAUAGUGGGCCACCCCCUCAGAAAAAUAUUAAGCAAAAGAUCAAUUACCUGCAACUACUUUGGUUGAUUCCUUUUGUUCUUUUAUUAUGCUUGUUAAUUUUGGCUUUUCUCACACGAAGAAGAACAGAUAAGAGUGAAGAGCAGAAUGUGCCAUCUUCAGAUGAGUAAGAAGAGCAAAAUGUCAAGACAUCCCAAUUCCAUCUAAGGAAGAACAAUGAAAUGUUCUACUGCAUUUUAGAAAGAAAAGCAACAAUUUACAGUUUCCAAAAAGAAACCAAAUUGUAUCCAAUUUCCCAUGUACUAAGUUUUAUUCUCCUGGCUGUAGAAAUGUUACAGACUAUGUCACAGAUCAUUGACCUAAUUGCUGUGAAUUUUUAUUAUUUCAGAACAUAAAACACUGGCCAUUACACAAUUAUUAAAAUAUCCUAAUUCCUAGAAUAUUGCUAUUUUACAUUAUUUUAAAUAGUGUUAGUGUUCAAUUGUUCAUGGAAUUAGUCUCUUUGUGUUUCUUGAGCAAAGGUACAGCCAAUGGAUAAUGUGUAUUUGUGUUUUUAAUUGUGUCUCAAUUCUUACCAUCCUUGCCACUCGUACUCUGCUUUGUCACACAGGAAAUGCAAACAUACAAAUUAAAUGUCUUCUUUGCCAGUCCUCUCA